AUGGGGUUGUCUAGAUCAAGCCUUUCAUCUCCAUCAGGAGGUCCCUCUCCAAAGAGUACGAUCCUCACAACCCGCAAGCCACACACAGUUACGAGGAGGGUAGUUCAGGUGGUGUUGUGUCCUGAGAAGAAGAAGCCCCGGCAGGGCGGUGGUCGGAAUCGAUGCUUCGUGGGGCUCAGCGGGCCUGGGGUCGAGCUCGGCUUCGACACAACGACGAGGACUUCAAGGCCGAGUUUGAGCAAUUCGACACCGACUUCAGUUGCCCGUCUGAAGGAUUAUUUUGAUGACUUGAGCACCAGGACUAGUACUGGUUUUUAUGUCCCCACACAAAGGCCACAAAAAAGGAAGAGAAAAAACCAAUUCAAAGGCAUCCGACAGCGCCCCUGGGGUAAGUGGGCUGCUGAAAUCAGAGAUCCUAUUAAGGGUGCCCGUGUUUGGCUUGGUACUUUCAACAGUGCUGAAGAAGCUGCAAGAGCUUAUGAUGUUGAAGCACGUAGGAUCCGUGGAAAGAAGGCCAAGCUUAACUUUCCGGAUGAACCAAUAAUUCCUCAAAAGCACCGUGCUCUCCAUGUUAUUCCUAAAGUACCAAAGCCAAGCACAACACAAGAACAUAGUUUCAUACCAUCAGUCAAGAACCUUGCCAACCAAAAUGAUUUCGUCUACCCAUCUACUGAUUUCACAUCAAUGCAACCACUUGUUCAGCUUGACAACAUGCCAUUUGUUCCUGCAGUGAGCUCUGUUACCCCUGUUGAAGUUGCUCCUAUGAAUAUGUACUAUGACCUAAGAAGUAAUACCUUUGGAUGUUCUAAGUUGGGCCGAGAGUAUUACACCAAGACUCCUGAUAUAUCAUCCAUUGCUCCCAUUUCAACCAUUGCUGAAGGAGAAGGAUUCACGCCUAUCAAGAGUAACACCAACAACUCAGUGGUGCCUCCUGUUAUGGAGAAUAAUGGUGUCAAUUUAGAACCUUGGAUGAGAUAUCUUAUGGAUGAUAGCGUGGAUAAGCUGAUUAAUAGCCUACUGAAUUUUGAUGUGCCUCGGGAUGUCGUUGGCAACAUGGACUUUGGAGGUUCAAUGACAUGCCCGUCUGUGGUCAAUUUUUCUGAGACAAUCAAACCCUAUAUAUCAGGAAAAAGGGAAUAAGAUAAUGGACGAUUUGGAAGCACCCUAUUGCCUCCUUCGACUAGCAUACACUUCUAUUGAAGCUUAGAAGCAAAAAAAGUUGCAUCUUGAGUCUCUAUUGUAAUCGACCCAUUCCCUAGUUGACUACCGCAUUCUGGCAACCAUUUAUGAGUCCGAUGAACCAUUCUAUUAUCUUUUGCCAACUUUUAUGUCAUCGCUGCCAUUUUUAAAUGUGAAAAACAUGAAUUUGUUUCUAGUUUGCUUUAAUCUGUGCACUUCUUCUCA